AUGCAGCCGCCUGAGAAUCAGUCCUUGGCCUUGAAUGGCCGAGAGGUCAAUAUACAGAAUCUGCCCCAUCUCCAGCAGUACAAUGCCAAGCGCAGGGAGGCAAAGAUGAAGGAGAUCCAGACCGGGGUUGACCUACUGCAGAGUGUCGGCAUCUUUCCUUCUCGAAGACCUUGUCAAGAUGUCGUUUGGGCCGUCCUUUUCUUGAGCGUUGUCGCAGCAACAGCAUGCUUCUCCAUCUACUACUUCCAGGACAUUGACACGAGCCGGAACGAAGACGCCGCCUUUCGAGACCAUGAGACUCUCAACCACCAACAGGUCGAAGCGUUGACUGCGCAUGUUGGCAGGCUGACCCUGGCAGGCGUUGCUGGUACGUUGGCCUCUUUGGUUUUCGCUUUCUUCUUCAUGAUGCUCGCAAAAGCCUGUGCCAAGCCGUUGGUGUAUGCUGCGCUGUUCUUUGUCCCAGCGCUUACUAUUGUUGCCGGCCUUGUCCUGCUUGGCUUGGUCAUGGCGAGGGAGCCAGUGUCAGUGAUGUCUUUGAUACCAGGAGGCUGUUUGGUCGCUUUGGGUGUCUGCUACGCCAGCUGUGUCUGCUGCUGCUGGCGCAGAUAUAUUCCCUUCACAGUUGAAGUGGUAGAGAUGGUAGCGGAGAUCUCGAAUGACAAUCCAUGCAUGGUGGCUGUGUCCGUGCUGGGUUCAUUUGCAGCUGCCAUUUGGGUGAUGCUGGUUGCCAUCUGCUGGGUGGGGGUCACAAUCAAGUACAAAAGUGAUACUGCAGACCAAGAUUUGAAUGCAAGUGAGCCCAUCAAUUUCGCAUUUCUCUUUCUCAUUUGUUGGGGAGGAGGUGUCAUCCACAACGUGUGUCACACCAGCUACUGCGGAGUGUUUGGGCGAUGGUACUUCAACGAAGAAGGCUGGCCAUUGGUCAGCAGUGUUCGUGUGGCUUUGACAACUUCUUUUGGCAGUAUCUGUCUUGGGUCCUUGGUUGUGGCUGUUAUCCGAAUGAUUGAGUAUGCAGUUCGUGUGGCACAGCAAGAGGCACAAUCAGAAGGCAACUACGUCGCGUGCGUUGUCUUCUGCGUGCUGGACUGCUUUAUCUCUUGCAUAGGAGACAUCCUGGAAUACUUCAAUGAGUGGGCAUAUGUUCAGUGUGCUCUCCGUGGAAGUUCAUUUUGCAAGUCUGUGCGCGCUACCUAUGCCCUCUGCGUCUGCAACGGCAUUCAGUAUGUAAUUGCUGACCUCCUCGUGGACUCUGUGGUUAGCCUCGGCGCUUUCAUGUCUGGUUUGGUGGGAUGCGGCAUGGGCCUUGCAGUGGCGCUGUCCGGUCUGGAACGGUCACCGGAUGGGGCACGCACGGGUGCUGGAGCAGGCCAAGACUAUGCCAUGGUGGCGAUCAUUGGGGGAUUCCUAGGUUUCUUUGGAGGUGUCAUUGGAGGUGCAAGUGCAAUGUCCAUCUUCUCAAGUGGGACAAAAGCUCUCCUUACGUGCUGGGCCGAAGAUCCCAGACCCCUCCAAGAAGAAUAUUCGGGCAUCCAUGACACCAUCGCUGCAAAAAUCCACGACCACGAAAGCAAUUGA